UAUAUAUAUAGUGCAAUAACAUUUUUAACCAUUUGUGUUGGCUACUUUGUUCGGUUUAGUCAGGUUUUAGGGUUUCUCGUCUGCUUCUCCAAACCCAUCCAAAAUGACCAAGAGAACCAAGAAGGCUGGGAUUGUUGGGAAGUAUGGUACCCGAUACGGUGCUAGCUUGCGCAAGCAGAUUAAAAAGAUGGAAGUCAGUCAGCACAGCAAGUACUUUUGUGAGUUCUGUGGGAAGUAUGCAGUGAAAAGGAAGGCUGUUGGAAUCUGGGGUUGCAAAGACUGCGGCAAGGUUAAGGCAGGAGGUGCUUACACUUUGAACACUGCAAGUGCUGUGACUGUCAGGAGCACCAUCCGUAGGCUGCGGGAGCAGACUGAGAGUUAAUUUUAUUGCUGAAUGUUUUUCUUUUGUUAUGUCAUUGAACUAUAAUUUUUGGUGCAAGAUGUUCUGAACAGAAUUGUUACACAUGAAUAUCUGUUUUUGAGUGUUUUUUACUUUGAAUCUAGUUAAUCAAAUUUGGUGGUGUUUGAGAA